GUGGCUGUGCAAUCUCCAGCAGCCCACUCGGAACGAGGGUGGUCAGCUCCGACAUCAGUUGAAAGAACGGAUUCAGUUGCAACCACAUCCGAUGACGGUGGUCGUGUUCAGUUCGUGAGCCCUGAUCCUGAAUCGCUACAUUCUCGGACACCCACUCCUACUCCAUCAGCAUGUUAUGAGAUCGAAAUUAGCCCCGACGACACAUCUACGGCGCAGUCUCUCCUUACUGAAGGGAGCUCUUGUGCUUCGGAUGAAGUUCAUAAGAGAAACAUUCCUCGCCUGCAAGAUCACAAAAGUGAGCAAAGUGGUGCCAACGGAAUCACUUCUAUUCCUGAGAUGUCACUACGGCCACGUGUAGUACCUUCACGAGAUCAUCCGUACGAAAGAACAACGAAAGUUGAUAGAUCCGUCAGUCCAACAACGACCUCGUUGCUGCUGAACUCAAUGGUGAAGAGGCUGGAAAAGUCGACUGCAUCUGAGCGACGAACAUAUUCUGCUAGACCAGUCUCGUCAGGAUCCAGUGAAGGAAGCCCAUCUACUAAUGGAUCGAGAGGCACCUACAGACUGGCAGCGGUUCCGAGAGCUGCUUCACACGUUCAUCCGUUUGAUGCCGAGUUAAUGGCGGAAGAAAAACCUGUUGAUCUGUUGAAAGGAGAGGAACGGUCGAAUGAAACCGGUGAGGAAGCCUCAGCUUAUAUCAUUCAGUAUGGCUUUUAUCCUCAGUGUUUU